UGACAUGUAGAUAGAAAUUUCUUUCAUGCUUUUGAAGACGAGCAGUAUUGAAUAUGAAAUUGUGUAAAUUCUUAGCUGAUAUAUUUCUGUGGAAUGAGACCUAUUAAGAUGUUUCUAUGAAUCCCUUCAGGAUAUUUCUGUGGAAUGAGACCUCCUAUUAAGAUGUUUCUAUGAAUCCCUUCAGGAUAUUUCUGUGGACUGAGACCUCCUAUUAAGAUGUUUCUAUGAAUCCCUUCAGGAAAAAUUUGCCAAGAUGGCUGUAACAACGUAUGCCAUGGAAAGUAUGGCCUACUGGACGGCCGGCAUCAUUGACCAAUAUCAACAACCUGACUGCUCUCUGGAGGCUGCCAUGGUCAAGAUUUUCAGCUCUGAGGGAUGCUGGGUCUGUGUGAACGAGUGCUUACAAAUCCUCGGGGGCCUUGGAUACAUGAAGGAUUAUCCGUAUGAGCGAUAUCUUCGGGAUGGACGAAUUUUGAUGAUAUUUGAGGUA